UAUUUUUAUCCAUUAGGGAACGUUCCCAGUUAAAAUAUUACUAUUGUACGUUUCCCUCCCAAACUCAAAAUGCUUCCAACGCGUUCAAUGGUCUAGUAUGACGUCCACUGGAGGAGCAUUGCGAAUAUCGGAGCUGAUUUCAAGAGCAUUAGCAUUAUUCUCGGGAUUUCGCAAGACUGACAGGGGUCAAAACUCAAGGUUCAACCCCAGCAGGUGAUUAGUCGUGUUGACGUUGUGCUGGAGGAAAGAUUUGGUUUCAGCUCAAGGAGAAAUUUUACAUCAUAGAAAAUGGGGGAUUUAGAAUUCCUUUCAAAGCUGCUGAAAAAAGUCAAUGACCACUCCACAGUCAUUGGAAAAGUAUGGAUGACCGUCCUAUUUUUGUUCCGAAUCAUGGUUCUGGGUGCCGGGGCAGAAAAAGUGUGGGAGGAUGAACAUUCUAGUUUAGAGUGCAACACACAGCAACCUGGUUGCGAGCAGGUGUGCUACGACUGGCAGUUCCCCAUCUCCCACAUUCGGUUCUGGGUGUUGCAGAUCAUCUUCGUCUCCACGCCAACCCUGAUGUACCUCGGCCACGCCAUGCACAUCAUCUCCAAGGAGCAGCAUAGGCAGACAUCAAGGUACAUCAAGGGCAAAGGCCAUGUGAGAAUCAAGGGCCAGCUCCUGGUCAGCUACCUGGCACAACUCUUCUUCAAGAUCCUCCUGGAGAUCGGCUUCAUUGUGGGCCAGUACUACCUCUACGGCUUCGUCAUGGUGCCCAUGUUCUCCUGCUCCCAGUCGCCCUGCCCCUUCACAGUGCCCUGCUACAUGUCGCGACCCACCGAGAAGACCAUCUUCAUCAUCUUCAUGCUGGGCGUGGCCUGCGUGUCCCUGCUGCUCAGUGUGCUCGAGCUCUUCUACCUCAUCUACUCCAAAAUGCUACGCAGCAGUUGCGGUGACAGACAGAGCCUGGGCGGCAGCCUGAACAGGGCAACAGAGGAUUCGAGGCGGCUUCAAUGAAACUGAUGUGACCAUCACAGGUCCAUGUGUUUCUGUUAAAUUGCCCUGAAAAGCCACAUAGGAAAUAUUUGCAACAAGACAAUAUCUGGCCAUUUUUACGUGUUCACUUUCAGCAGAAAUGUUAUUUUUUGUCUUGGGCCACAUGAUAUUGAUGAGAUAGUGGGUAUGAGAGUAUAACUGUUGAUCUUGUGUUAACAAAACAUUGUAUUGUUGAUUGUUGCCUGUUGUAAAUCAAAUUGAUCAUGUAAGGUAACAUUUUUGUACAGUAUGUGUAUAUAAAUCAGACAAAGUUAUAUGUAAUACAUUAUUUUUAGAUAGAUAUUGUUUACAUUUAGGUAGAUAGGUAUAGGUACAGUUACUGUAUAAAUACUGUACCGGUAUGGGUCAAUAACGUAACAUGCAGAUUUCUGUGUCCGAGUCCAUUACUUUGGUUUAAAAUAAUUUGAAAUGAUAACAAGCAUCAUUAUUAUGUUAUAAUAAUAUAACAUAAUAAUAAUAUUGGAAUAAUGCUCAAAGGAAAAGUGUA